GAGAGAGUGACCAUGGUGCAUUGCUUCGCUUUGUUACGUCAGUAACUCGGAGAGAGAUGUCGGCGUGUAGGUGGCAGUGGUAGUGUGUGUGGUUAUUGAUUUAAUUUUGUUAUUUUGCCUCACUAAAUUCCCUACUUAAAUACUUAAUAAACAUAAAAAUGGCAAACCCAUGUGCUACGGCGAAGGAAUUCAUCGUUGGUGGAAAAUAUCGGUUAGUGCGAAAAAUCGGUAGUGGUUCGUUUGGUGACAUUUAUCUGGGCAUCAACAUUACAAAUGGCGAGGAAGUGGCCGUAAAAUUGGAAAACGUCAGGGCCAGACAUCCGCAGUUGCUGUACGAAAGCAAAUUAUACAAGGUCCUGAACGGUGGCGUCGGAAUACCACAUAUACGAUGGUAUGGUCAAGAACGCGAUUACAAUGUUCUUGUUAUGGAUUUACUGGGACCUUCUCUAGAAGAUCUCUUCAAUUUCUGUUCGCGCCGUUUCACAAUCAAGACGGUUUUGAUGUUAGCUGACCAGAUGAUAGCACGUGUGGAAUUUGUGCAUUGUAAGAGCUUCAUACAUCGAGACAUCAAACCAGACAAUUUCCUCAUGGGUAUUGGCAGGCAUUGUAAUAAGCUUUUCUUGAUAGAUUUUGGAUUAGCAAAAAAGUUCCGUGAUAAUCGAACACGCCAGCACAUAAUAUAUCGUGAAGACAAAAACCUAACAGGCACUGCACGUUAUGCCAGCAUUAACGCUCAUUUAGGAAUUGAACAAAGUCGUAGGGAUGAUAUGGAAUCUCUGGGGUACGUGCUCAUGUACUUCAACCGUGGCAGUUUACCCUGGCAAGGUCUUAAGGCUGCAACAAAAAAACAGAAAUAUGAGAAGAUAAGUGAAAAGAAGAUGUCAACACCUGUUGAGGUUCUGUGUAAAGGUUUCCCAGCUGAAUUUGCCAUGUACCUCAACUACUGCCGUGGACUGAGAUUUGAGGAAAGCCCGGAUUACAUGUAUCUGCGGCAACUUUUCCGUAUCUUGUUUCGCACAUUGAACCACCAGUAUGACUACACGUUUGACUGGACAAUGCUUAAGCAGAAGUCUGUACCACCAUCAGGUGCCGGUCCAUUGGCUGCAGGUGGAACCACAGCAGGCGUAGCCACGCCAGGUGGUCGCUAACAACAACAAAAGGUAUUGGCAGAGGAAUGAUUUUUCAAGAAGCAGGCUUCAAGCUAGUGCCACCUAAAUGCAUCAUUCUUGGUCCAUAUUGUUGGAUGAGGGCAUUUGUUUGUGUCACAGAGAAAGUCCUGAGAAGUGAUUUUGGAACAGAAGUAAAAGCUUACAGGGAAAAGAAGUAGACAGAUGUGAAGUUGACUGGUAGAUGUGUGGAUGUGUGUACAGUUUCUUUCUGUCCUGGGCCGUUUUUAAAAGUGUAUGGAAAGGGAACGGUACGGAGAUAUAUGAUAAUCGCUAAAGCUUAUGUGUAAAUUUUAGUUAGGUAGGUCAGAAAAUUGAAAGGAUUUUACACGAUGCUGAAUACAUCAGUUCCUCAUCAAACAGAAAACAAAGAAACAAAAAAAAAAAUAUACAAGCAGUGAAUAUGAAACAAAAAGAACACACUUAUCUGUGUUAGUUGUGAUAACUUCCACUGCCUUAUGGCAUUAGGGAUCAAAUUUUAUCUGAAUGCAAGUAUUGAAAUGGCUGCUGUGUGAUUGUUGCAGUAGUCAGUAGAUUAGUAUUUAUAUGUGCUUUAUAUGUAUGGAAAUAUCUUUUUUUAUACCAGAGAUUUUUGUUCAUCAUGUUGUAAUUCCACUAUUCAACUGACAAAAACUUUCAUAUUGAAAAAAUAUCAGAAUUGCGUUGGAUUGACAGGCUUCUUAAGAUUUUGUUCAUAGUUAAUUUUCCUAAGAAAUGCAUAUUUCCAUCUAACAAACUUUUUGAGGGCAAACUGCUCAGAAUAGUUUAUGCAUUCAGUGCAUAAUAUUUGUUAUUAACUUUUUCUGAAGUCAAUUGAGAUAGUAUGUUUUCAUAGAAAUGGAUGUCAACCAUUCGUCUCCUUGGAGAGAAAUAUUUGUCAGAUCCACACCGAGGAACCAAUAUCGAAAUCUAAUAUGGUAUAAAAUACUUAAAAAUAGCUUAUGUGAAGUAUGUUAGUACUAUAGCAAGUUGUCAAUGUGUAAGACUUUUAGUAGAAUGUUUUUUAACACUGGAACAUAAUUUUUUACUUGUUUUGUCAGUUGUGUACUGAUAAUUUCCUUAUUGGUUCAAUCUGUUCUGCUUUGCAUAAACUUACAUUUACUUAGUAAGAAGUGGCAAUUACAUUAAUAGUUUGUAGUUGUAUGUCAUAUUUUAAAUUCUGUUAAGGCUCAGUAAUAUGAUUUUGUUUAUAUUUCGUAGCGUUUUACAUCAUCGAACGUUAUUCAUUCGAAAGUAGUCCUUAAGUGUAGAACUGGAUAACAGGAGUUCUGGUUGUGCACACUGUGUGUGUGUGUGUGUGUGUGUGUGUGUGUGUGUGUGUGUGUGUGUGUUUUAUAGAGAGAGAGAGAGAGAGAGAGGAGGGAAGGGAAGGAUAGGAGGGGGGCCAGGGAUGGAGGUGUAAUGGUACAUGUAUGUGCCAUUGUGUCAGUUGUGCUGGUAAAAAAAAAAAAAGAUUGUGACACGACUUGAAUUAUCCUCUAGGAAAAGACAGAUCCAAGGCCACUUAUCAAUAGAUGAAGCUGUGAGGUGAUUAAUGAACAUGGAAAAAGGAUUACAUUUUUGGAAGAAAGAAUUGUCAUUUCGAAGUUCCCGUAACUAACACAUCUAAACGUGGCAGCGUGUUCAAAGGAAUGGUAGGUACAGAGAAACAUGUAGGCAGGUAACAAAGAAAUGUUUGUGGUCAAAAGAACUGACUUAUUAGAAACCACACACAUAGUAUAUCUGUUCUGUUAUCACUAUUUUGUGCUAACUGUGCAAAUGGAUGUAUCACAUAGUUAGCAUUAAGCUGUGAUAAAAAUUGAUAUAAUUUACGUAUAUCAAUUUAAAUAUCCUUCAUUUGUUCCCAUGUUGAAAGUGAGUAUCCCAUGGAGGCAAGUCCUUUUCACCCACCCUGCCAAAAAUGUAUGCAGAAUGCCUAUAACUACUAAAUGCUUUAACUAUUGCUGUUCUACAUGUUUCAAGGGCAUGCUAAUUGAGUAUGGUAGUUCACUUCAUGUUCCCCUUGAUCAACUUCUGUUCCUUGUAUUCUUCCUAUCAGAGAUUAAAAACACACAUAUGCAGAAGCAAUGUUUCCAUGAUCUCCCUGUGCAGUGUGUUUAAAUGUAUGGUCUAUCUACAUGACAAUGUUUAUUAAAAUAAGCUGUCGUCUGUUCUUUUAUACUGGUAUGCUAAUUCUGUCACAGCAUCAUCUGUUAGAUGAGACAAGGUCCACUUAAUUUUCCUGUAAUUUUAUUUUUAGCUAGCAAUUUUAAUUAAGAUCACUGUAAUUUAUGGCAUAUUUUGAAACUGAUAGUGGCUGUUGUAGUGCAUUUGUAAAAUGACACUUAUGUGCCUGCAGUGUAAGUAUAAUGCAGGGCUCUACUGAGUUAAUGUUUAUGCCUUUCAUGUACUGACAUGUGUAGUUUAUUUUUCGCUGGUAUUACCAAAUCUCAUUUUACAUACUGUUACUAAUGUGAUGUUUAACAUCAGUCUUUAUUUACAAUUUGGUAAUUGUAAAGUGAUACUGCUGUCAGUCUCGUGGGACGUUAACUUUCAUAGUGCUUCGCAUAAAUAACUUACCAAUAUUGCUGUUGUUGGUUUUUUUUUUUUUUUAAUAUUAUACAAGCUGGUUACAUUUGGUGAUCGGUGUAUGACAUCUCCACAGUGUACACUUUGUAAAAAUUGUAUGUUCUAAAAUUAUUUAUUAUUACACCUAUGUCUUCUCAUACUUCCCUUUUUGUUUAGUUUAUGUUCUUUGCCGUAAACAGUGAGAAGACUUUAAUUUCAGUAUAAUUCUUCAUGUGAUACUUACCUGAAUGUUGACAAGUGAUUUUUCUGUUGAUAAAAGCACACAGGUUGCCAGUAAACAUAAUUACUAUGUAAAAAAGUUCUAUUCAUCUCUCAUAUGUUUGUGUAAUGCAAUCAUUGUGUAUGUGGAACAUGUUAACGACAAAGACAAUGUUCGUCAGCUGUUUCAGUUAAAUUGCUUUUGGAACUUAGCUGCAGGUUACGAUUUUUGUUUUGAAUGUGGCAAAAGUCUCAAUAAAAUUUUUGUCGUAAUCUGGA